CAGAGAUAUGUCGUUACACUGCAGCUCCAGAAUACCAUGAGGACCCUCGCUCUACUUUCUCUAGCUAUCUUUGGCUGCGUCGUUGCCCAACCUGGCGGCGGUACCAACUACGACAACCUUUUUCAAAGAUACGCCGGAAGUGAUAACCUUUUGCAGAGGAAUGAGUUUGACAGAUUCUGGCUUCACUUUGAUGACAACGCUGACGGUGAUGUGACCAAACAAGAAUUCGACCGGGGAUGGAGACAGGAAGGUUUCCCUAACCCUCAAAACGCCCCACUCUACUUUCUUGAGCUGGACAGAGUCGCCGAUGAGGUCCUCAACUCUCUAGACUUCCCACACAUGUUCCACCUGUUUGAUGAAGAUGGUAAUGGCGUCGUCUCAGAGAGAGAAGCCAGAUAUAAUUGGAACGCCUAUUUCGAUUAAAUGCCAAGUUGGUUUAUGGAGUUUUAAUCGAAGUAUUAUGUUAACAUUUGUAUUACAAACUUUUAUUUAUUUUGCUUUCUCUAUCUGUCUUUUUUAUUUUGUUAUUUGCACAUUACGUUAGCUAAAAUGGUACAUUGUAAAAAGAAAAUAUGUUUUGAAAAUUAACAAUAUUGAGGUUUUUUUUAAUUAUCAAUGUAUACUUUAGUACAAAAAUGAACAAUUUAAAAAUAUUACACAACGGC